GAGAUACAUUCCAAUUGAGAAUGCAGAAGAGAGACAGAAGAAAGAAUUGGAACAGAAGGAGACUUGGUCAAGGGAAUUGUUCAAGGAGCUCAAGCGUAUAGAUGCACCAGCCUUAAUGCAUUUGGAGCACUGCGUUGAUCAGAAACAUUUGCACCUUGCACUUGCAGGCAGGACUAGGCACAACACCUUGAAACGUUACAUCAAGACUUGGAGAUCGUUUUUGCAGUGGCUUACAGCUGUACGUGGUUCACUUGCCAGUCCUGAAAUAGGAGAUUUGGUGGAGUAUCUUUUCACGAGGUAUGAGGAGCCGUGUGGAGCUACAGUGCCUCCACUCAUUGUCAAAGCUGUGGUUUGGUUGGAACGGAUUGCAGACAUUGAUCCACGUGAAAGGAUUGGUGACUCACAGGUUGUUUGUUCAGUCAGGGAUUAUUUGGUGGAAAUGCUCUCCAAGGACAAGCCUCCGACUCAGCGUGCACCGCGUUAUCCACUGGUGAUGGUGGAAGCAUUUGAACAUGUUGUUGAAGAUGAUAGUCAACGCAUUGGUUUCCGUUUGGUUGCGUGGGUAAAGUUGGUCAAACUUUGGGCAACAUUACGUUGGGACGAUGUGCAGAAAAUCAUCCCGAAGGAACUCAAGUUUUAUGGAGGACGCAUGACAACCAUUUUGAGAACAACCAAGACGACGGGACCAUCGAAACGGGUUCAGGAGCUUCCUGUCUGUGUCUCAGAACAUGCUUUUAUUUCGAAUCCUUUAUGGCUGAAGACUGGUUUUGAUUUGAUCAGAAAACAUGCACCGUUUGAGAGAGACUAUUUACUGCCGAAACUGAAUGAUGAGUGGUCUGCAUUUAGAAAAACUAUGGCUUCAUACAACGAUAUCAGUGCGUAUUCAGCAAGAGUGAGACGCAGACUCAAGAGGCCAGGCAAAGAUGAAUUUAUCAUACAUCCUUUGCUUGCUCCAUUUUGGACAGAGCAUUCAGAACGUGCUACGUUACCAACUGGCCUUGCUCUUCUACGUGCUCAACGUGAAGAGCGUGACAUGUUAGGACGCUGGAAGCCUGAUGGGUCUGACACUUAUGUCAGGAUGUACAAUGGAGUCAUUGCAAGAUUACAACUUCAGUUUGCAAAGACGGCGAGGGCUCAAGAACGUCACAAGAUUCUGGAUGAGAGAGACAUUGUUGAGAGUGCAAUGUCAUGGAUUUCAGAAAGGUGUGAGAAUUUGCCGGAGGAAGGGAUUGACAGGAUCCUCCAACACUUCGAGGAAUCGUUGGCCUCGCCCAUACUGGCGGACUGGACUGAAAUAGGUGACACAGAACAUGUGGAGACAGUGCAUGAAGAGACAUUGACUGGUUUUGCAGGCACGGAGUGUAAGGCAGCAGAUUCGAGCAAUGUUACAAAGGAGAAACGUGAACCGAUGUUUGUUGUUGUCAACAAUGGAAAGAAGUGCAAACGUUUGCAUAAAAGUCGUGGCGGUUGCUGGAUGGGAAGAGAGAUGAAUUUUAAAUCAGCUACGGAGUAUUUCACCAUGCCUGAGGCAGCGCUCGACAGCAUGGCCUCUCCAGAGGAGAUUGCUCUGCAGGAAGCGUUGAAAAGGGGCAGUUCAGACCUGAAGUUUAUCCUCACGAGGAACGACGUGUCGAACGAGUUACAGGCUGGCUUCUAUAGAAAUGAUGUGACAUCGAUACAAAAGUUUUCAUCCUUCUUCAGAUCGGAGGAUGAUUUGGUCAGAGUUUUGAGAGCCGAGUUCAACACGGAUGCAGAUACAAGUUUACAAGCUAGAGCACAGGUAGCAGCAGUGAUUUGUGCUUGGCGCGAAACACAGACGCGUCAAAAGAGACAGGUGGAGGUAGAGGCUGAGAUGGAGACACGUGAAUGGACAAAACCCAUUCCGACUGGAGACUAUAUCAACAUGCGAAACGCCUACAUGAAGGUGCAUGGAAGGUUGGAAGACAAAGUGACUCCUUCAAAGGAGUAUCUAGAGAAGAAGCUGCAGGAGUUGGAGAAUGGGGAGUUCAGGGCCGAGACAAUGGCCGAAGUAGUUUCAAAGGAUGAGGUGGAUCCUGACGUGAUGAUACCAGUGUUUGAUGCGAAGGGGAGCCUUUCAGUCAGAAAAGGGGCUUCUACAAUUCCUUUGCCUACAGGACCUGAGCAGCUUAGACGUAGGCUGUCGGUCAUGGUCAAUGCAAUCCUCAUGUUGGCCAUCAAGCAUCCCAACAGGGAGGAGAUCCAGGACGUCACACGUGAUCUUUUCGAACGAUACAAGGACUAUGUUUUGGGUGACUAUGUGUGGGGACUUUCAUCAACUGAUUUGCAUGGGAACCAAGUGCAGACCCCACCUUGGGCACUGGUGCUUUCUUACGAGCAAGCCAUACGUAAGAGGGCGUAUGCAUUGAUGGUGACAGAUCACUUACAACUUGGGAAAGCCUUGGAACAAGCUUGGAAGUGCCCUACGACCAAGGAACGUCACUUCAUCACUCCGCUUGCACUUUACAGCAAGAGAUCCUAUCCGCAGCAGAACUGGGGAGAGUGGAACCCCAAAGGAAAGGGGAAGAACGGUAAAUCCCCAAGUGCAAAGGGCAAGUCGAAGGGCAAAGGAAGUGGUGUUACACCGGAUGGCACAAAGAUCUGUUUUCGUUUCAAUCAGGGAAAGUGCAGCUACCAGAAGUGCAAGUUCUCACAUGUUUGCAAUCGAUGUUUCAAGAAGGGACACAACGCCCUGAAUUGCAAAGAGGAGAAGAGCCCCCCAGACACGACCGGGGCACACUGA